CAGAUUUGCUCCGCGACCACCACUGGUCAAGAAUCGCAAGACAUCGCUUCCGUGCAAAUUAAUAGCACUUCAAAACAUGAAAAUGGAAAACACAUCAACAGAUAGUGACGGCCAAAGAAGGGGUUCGGCGGGUAUUAUACGGCAAAAAAGUUUUGAUGACAUUGAAGAGGAUAUUAUUGGUUAUAAUCAAAAUGAAUUAUCUGAGAGGAGGCGCAGAAACUCAAUGGAAAACAAGACAAUAUCAACAGAUGUUUUGCGCCGACAAUACCGAGAACUCUGGCAAUUGAGGGCCACAUACGAGGCCGAAGAGUCGGACCCAACGGAAGAAUCCAGUGAUACUCUACCAACGAAUCCACAACAGAAGCUCGUUAAAAAUGAUUCUGGCUAUAAGUCGAUCGAAAGACGAGACUAUUCUAUAGACAUUAAAAGUGAUUAUAUGUUCAGACAAUUCACAACAAGCGGCACAACAACUGCCACCCAAUACAACACACCUCCCAAUCGUCAUAGCCUUGCACUGCAACACAGUAUUCAAGAGGAACAGGAGGCAGAUAUUCAGCCAACUUUUGUCUGACAAUUGCUUUUUCAUUAUUUAUAGACCCGUUGGAGAUCUGUUUCUUUCACAUCCCAUAAUAAUAAUGUGUUUUACAUCAAAAUAAAUAAUAAACGACAUUAAUUUCAUCUGUUUUUAUUCAGUAAUAAACUUGUUGUAUAUAUAAAAACACACGAAAAUAC